ACCGGAUUUGUUUAAAAGGUGUUUGACAACGUGAUUGAUUAUGUUGUUGGUGUUGUCAUGGUAACUAUAAAAUAAACCGUAUCUUUUUGCACCGUCUCAAAUUUUAACACAACACUUGUCCAGAAGCAUAUUUACUCGUAUAUGUACAUCCAUAAAUUUGCUCAUACAUAAUAAAAAAUGAAAUUAUCCUCCUUCGUAUUCGGUGCGAUCCCAUUAAUAAUUCAGUACUAUGCUAAAAAGUAUAUGGAAGAUGAUAAGACCAUAGCGUUACAAGAUUUAGAAAACGACUAUGGAAUCCCACGAAUUAAAAGUUACGACUUUAUCAUUGUUGGAGGUGGAACCGCGGGUUGUGUCGUUGCCGGCCGGCUCUCUGAACGUUUCAACGUUCUUCUUUUGGAAGCCGGGGGGACACCUAUUCCCCCCGCGCACGUGUCGUACUUCACCCGGGAUGUCGCGGUUGCUCCCGAUAUCAAUUAUUUCUAUGAGUCAGUCACCCAAAGGAAUAUGUCCCUUAGAAAUGGCGGCAUUUCCGCCUUUGAAACUGGAAAAAUGCUGGGAGGAUCGGGAUCGCAUAAUGAGAUGAUACAUCAAAGGGGAUCACCUCUCGACUGGGAUGGCUACGCCGCCAUGACGGGAGACGCCACGUGGAGGUAUGAAAAUGUGCUAGAAUUCUGGAAGAAAAGUGAAGAUUUUGUGGGACAGCUCAUCAAUCCGGAGCAAGGAGAUUAUUACGGAGUGGGUGGUCCCUUGACCUUGAACUCGGACAUACCACCCAUUUGGUCCAAGUGGGCCGAGGCAGCGGCUGAGCUAGGGUUUACAGUUGCAGACCCCAAUGCACAACAAAUACCAAGUUUUGCUCCGGUUCAAAUGCUUAUCGGUUCAGGUGCUCGUGUCAGCACUUAUACCGGAUAUAUUAAACCUUACGAAGAAAUCAGGGCGAAUCUUACGGUUAUUCGAUAUGCAAAUGUGGAACAGGUAAAACUUUGGAGUGAAAGGCGAGAAAUUCCGACUUGAUUUUCUUGAUUUGCGGACCAGACAUGGCAAUCGCUACAUGGCAAUCAUUGCAUUGCAAUUUUUACAUUGCAAUCCUUACAACACGUUAUCAUUACAUAGCAUUAUCACUACAUGGCUUUAUUAUUACAUCGCACAUCAUUACAUAGCAUUAUCAUUACAUAGCUUUAUCUUUGCAUAGCAUAUUCCUUUAAAAUUAGUCAGCAAAAUUGUGC